AGUACGCUACUCUAUGGUAUACCCUCCAUCCCCACUACCCUCGCAAAACGCGUAUAUGUUACUUUCUGAAUCAAAUAGUGGAGUAUAUUCGGGCGACCACUCCUUCCAAUCAUGACUAUUUUUCUAAGGUGCAUUUAACGAGCCCAAAGUCGUUUUUUUUUCUUUUUCUACAGAACGUUGUUCAAGCGUUUAAAUGCGUAAGUGUUUAGGAGUAGUAAUCGAUCGUGAUAUGAGGAUUUGAUGUGAAAAAACACUAAUUGUUCGAGAAAAUGUGGAUCUGCAUCUUGGCGUUAACCUUUGCCUGCGCGAACGGUCAGUUCUCGCAGGAACCAAACGAAUCGACGCGUUCCCCUUGGAAUCGAUUGGAGGACAGAGAUCAAUCUGGAUACGGAUUACGAAACGUUGGGAGCCUUGGAAAUCCAACCGACAGUAUUAUAAUAAAAGAGGCUACAUAUUUCGUGGUCGCGUCUCGAAUGGUCAGACCUGGUAAAACUUACCGGCUAGCUGUAAAUGUCUUGUACAGUCCAUUGCCUAUGACGGUGCACGCGUCCAUUCAAAGAAACGGCGCAGAAAUCGCUGCGGACUAUCAAGAAGUAAAGGAAGGUAUACCUGAAACUCUGAUGAUGAGAAUGCCACCUACAUCUGUCGGAGGAGAGUAUAAGCUGCGAGUUGAAGGAAUGUACAAUAGUUUGACCGGUGGUCAAGCAUUUGCAAACGAGACCAAACUCGUGUUCUCUCAAAGAUCUAUGACUAUCUUCAUUCAGUUGGACAAACCUGUAUAUAUGCAGGGAGAAACUGUACGAUUUAGAACUAUACCCAUAAAUACCGAACUUAAGGCAUUCAAUAAUCCCAUUGACGUGUACAUGUUAGAUCCAUAUAGAAGAAUAAUGAGACGCUGGCUUAGCAGACAAAGCAACUUAGGAACCGUAUCUUUGUCGUAUCAACUCUCCGAUCAGCCCGUUUACGGAGAGUGGAUUAUACAAGUCAUAGCGCAAGGUCAAGUGGAAGAGAAGACCUUUUUGAUAGAGGAAUAUUAUCAAACGCGUUUCGAAGUAAACGUUACGAUGCCAGCAUUUUUCUUCGACAACGACCCUUACAUAUACGGCACAGUCCAAGCGAAUUAUACCAGCGGCGCGCCAGUUAGAGGAAACUUGACGCUAAAAGCAAGCUUCAGAUCUUUAGAUAGAAUACAUUCGGAAGCUGCUCAAGAAUCUAUCGAUAGGUAUUUUUACUUCGAUGAAUAUUAUCCAUCUUGGUUAAAAAUACCUUCGUUGUACGACAAUAAAAUUCCCACGUUGAGAUUUUUCAAUGGAACGUAUCAUUUUCGAUAUCCAAUGUCGGAACUAUUAACUUUUGCACCUUCCGCGUACGGUGUGGAAGUGACUGUGGUCGCAACCGUUGGGGAGAGAUUUUUAGAAGAGAUAAUUACAGGAUAUUCAACGGCUCGAAUUUUUAAUUCUACUACAAAAGUCCGAUUUUUAGGUGGCACGCCACAAGUCUUUAAGCCAUCGAUGCCGUUUCCUCUGAAUUUAGUGGCAUCGUUUCACGAUAAUUCCGUGUUAAGACCGACGCAACUAAAGGGAGCGAUAAUGGAAAUACGCGCAGAUAUCGAAAUGAGAUCGGGUGGUCGUCGAUCUAUGGAUGUUCGAUAUUUAAAUGCUUCUACAGAGAACGCAGGCGUUUGGUCUACAACGAUCGAUCUAAGAAAACAACUAGGACUCGAACACAAUUCAGAACAAUCUCAGCACAUUCUCAACGACAUCUCUUCUAUGAGAGUGUACGCUUAUCUUACGGAUGGAGAAGGUUUUAGAACGCAGACCGAACUAUUGUUGUUAGCCCACGAAUCACCGAAUCAACAACAUAUAAAGAUCUCGACGUCUACGGAAAAACCUAAAGUUGGAGAAUACAUGAUAUUUCACGUUCAAACAAAUUUCUAUAUCGAUACAUUUAACUAUAUUAUAAUGGCGAAGGGCAUUAUACUUUUAACUGGACAAGAUACUAUGCAACACAACAUAAAAACUUUUGCUGUUCCUCUCAGUGCAGAAAUGGCUCCUGUCUCGACUAUAGUGAUAUACCACAUCGGACAAUACGCUAAUGUCGUAGCGGAUUCGCUGACAUUUUCUGUGAACGGCAUUUCGCGUAAUAACUUCACCGUAUACAUUAACAACAAAAAAGCAAGAACAGGUGAAAAUGUUGAAGUAGCUAUUUACGGGGAACCAGGAUCGUACGUCGCUCUUUCUGGCAUAGAUCGGUCCUUCUUCACCAUGCAAGCUGGAAACGAGAUAACAUACUCUAACGUUAUUACGAAAAUGGCACAUUUCGAUGAAGCAACGAAUGGCACUCACUCUCACACUUGGUUGUAUCACGAUGGUGAUCCAGACGAGGUUGUCUACUACCCAUCCUCGACGUUUGGUAUCGACGCUAACAGAACCUUCGAAUACGUUGGAUUGGUUGUUUUCACGGAUGCUUUCGUUUACAGAAGACCAGAUAAUUGUAAUCAGACGCUGGGAUACGGAGAAUGCCUCUCUGGAAGAUGUUACAGAUUAGACAAAAAAUGCGACGGAAUAUUUGAUUGCGAGGAUGGUACAGACGAAGCGGUUUGCGAGCACAGAAACGCCACUGAUAUAGCUAUGUUUCGAAAGUGGCGAUCUAAUAGGAUACAAAGACAAUACGAAAAUGUCUGGCUGUGGAAGGACAUUAAUAUUGGCCCGCAUGGUAGAUAUAUUUUUAACAUAGACGUGCCACGAAGACCGGUUCAUUGGAUGGUCACGGCGUUCAGUAUGUCUCCGAGUAUGGGUUUUGGCAUGUUACCGAAAGCUAUCAAAUACAUGGGAAUCUUACCAUUUUAUAUCAACGUCGAAAUGCCUACUCGUAGCAGGCAAGGAGAACAAAUCGGUAUCCGAGUUUCUGUCUUCAAUUACAUGCGCCACAAUAUAGAAGCCAUUGUAGUUUUGGAUGGUUCCAAGGAUUAUAAAUUCGUUCACGUCGAAGAUAACGGAAUCGUGCAAUCGUACAAACCUCGCACAUCGUUUGGUCAACAUGAAUUUAUUAUUUGGAUUCCUGCUCAGGAUGCUUCCAUCGUUUAUUUACCUAUUGUACCAGUGAGGCUUGGAGACAUAAAAGUACACAUUUACGCGACGACUGUAAUUGGAAGAGAUUCGGUUACACGCAAUUUACACGUAGAAGCUGACGGUGUUCCUCAGUAUCGACAUCAGUCUAUUCUUCUUGAUUUGAGCAAUCGUGCCUAUGUAUUCCAGUAUAUGCACGUUAACGUCACAGAAACUCCGAUCAUACCGUACGACGAAAAUCGUUACUACGUAUUUGGAUCAAACAAGGCAGUGAUAAGCGUAGUCGGAGAUGUAGUUGGGCCAAUCUUUCCAACGAUGCCUGUUAACGCCACCAGUCUCAUAAAUCUUCCCAUGGAUUGCGCGGAGCAAAACAUGUUCAGUUUCGCGGCUAACUUGUACACUGUGCUCUACAUGCGUUUGGUAAACCAACGUAACAGAACACAGGAGAAGGAGAGUUUCUAUUACAUGAACAUCGGUUAUCAGCGGCAGCUUUCAUUCAUGAAUCCUGAUGGAUCGUUCAGUUUGUUCCGUAGCGAUUGGAAUCAAUCUACGCCUAGCGUCUGGUUGACGGCGUAUUGCGCUCGUGUUCUACAAGAGGCUCGUUUCUAUGAAUGGGAGAACUUUUUGUACGUAGAUCCAGAAGUGAUAGCUCAUGCUGUGUCGUGGUUGCUGAAACAUCAAACACGCGAGGGAUCGUUUUACGAAGUAACGUGGCUGCCUGAUCGAAAAAUGAACAGCUCUCUAAAUUACGACAACGACCUGAUAGUACACAGAAAUAUCACUCUCACGGCUCAUGUCCUCAUUACGCUGCAAAGCGUCAAGGAUUUACCUGAGGGUUUGGGUACACAGGUCGCUGUGAGCGCUGCCAAUGCGGUGAAAUGGUUGGAAAUAAAUUUGAAGCUUCUGGAAGAUCGCGGAAGACCCUACGAUAUAGCGAUAGUAUCUUACGCUCUGCUGUUAGCGAAAGCUUCCAUCGCGGGUCAGGCUUUCAAUAUUUUGUCUAGACACGCGCGCGUAGAAGGAGGUUUAACUUAUUGGGGAAGGGAGCAGGUGCCUCUUCCACCGUACAAGCUAGAGAAUCAGAAACCAUUCCUUCUUCCGCGUUUGCCAUACAAAUACGACUCUGAGAAUAUCGAAACCACCGCGUACGCUCUUCUUGUGCAUGUUGCACGACAAGAGACUAUGAUAGAACCUAUAGUAAAGUGGCUAAACGCGCAGAGAUUAACGGAUGGCGGUUGGGCUUCUACGCAGGACACUGCAUGGGCGUUGAAGGCUUUGAUGGAUUAUACGGUUAGAUCGAGAAUCAGGGACGUUAGCUCUUUGACUGUAACCGUGGAAGCUACAGCUCUUCCAGGACAAACUAAAACGUUAACCGUUAACGACCAUAAUCUGGCAAGGCUUCAAACGAUCGAGAUACCGGAAGCAUGGGGAACGGUGAAAGUACAAGCAAAAGGUGCUGGAUACGCGAUUUUGCAAAUGUCGGUACAAUACAACGUAGACAUUGCCAAAUUCCAAACGCAACCACCGGUCAAAUCCUUCGAUUUAAUCACCAGAGCAAACUUCCACGGCAGAAAUCAGUCUCACAUUUCGUAUCUCAGUUGUCAAAAAUGGACAAACACGAAUGAAUCGUCGCGCUCCGGAAUGGCAGUGUUGGACGUAGCCAUACCAACGGGUUACAUAAUUCAGCAACAAACCUUGGACAGAUACAUACGCUCUAAACAAGUGAGAAACCUUCAGAGAGCACGGUUUCAAGAUAAGAAGGUUCUCUUUUACUUUGAUUACCUGGAUCAAGAGGAAACAUGCGUAAAUUUCACGAUAGAAAGAUGGUACCCGGUUGCAAACAUGUCGCGGUACCUUCCUAUCAGAGUCUACGAUUAUUAUUCGCCAGAACGUUUCAACGAAACGAUAUUCGACGCUCUACCCACGUACACAUUGAAUAUAUGCGAGGUAUGUGGUAGCUCUCAGUGUCCGUAUUGUUCAAUAUAUAAUGCGGCCACGUUGUUAGCCACGCCAAGUAUCCUGCUCGCGAUAUCAUUUCUGGUUGUCGUGACGAGAUAUUUUCGAACGCAAGAGUUUAGUGUGGGUUAGUUGUACAAUUUAACGUAAAAAUUUUUAAACAAAAAAAGAGAGGUGAAUGCUUCUGUUUCGCGGUUUACGUUUCACUCGACAUUGCCAUGUUUUCUCUACUCGAAUCUCGUAAUGCCGUCCGUAAAUUUAUUAAAGAAUAUGAUUAUUAUUAUUAUAUAGGAAGAACGAUAUAAUCGUGGAUGAAAUAUUUUGGUGCGGAGCUGGAAUAGUAUCUACAUAAAAUGCAGGCGUAUGUAGUAGAAAUUUCCAAAGUUCCAGCUACUUAUACUUUUAACUUUGUUCUCAUCGUAACGUUUUAUCGGGCUAGUUGCGACCGAAAUCCGUCCAUUUAACAUUUGUUAUAAUGUAUAUCGAAAAUUUUAUAUUUAGCACAGAAAUGUAGAUGCAUAUUUUUUAUACAUUUUUAAACUAAACCAUUCUCAAUAUAUUACGUAAUCUAGCGUUGUUAGUCGACAAGUUACGAUUUAUUCAGAUGUUUUCAGCCAUUCAACGGUUCAAAACAAUUUAUGCAGUCGAAGCAGCGUGUUCUAGGAGGCAAAGAUUCUCAAGUACAAAUGAAACUUAGUCGAGACCGAAUUUUCUGCGAUAAGUGUGUCACGCCAAAAAGAAAACCUUCUAUAGCCCUUCUUAGUACUUACGAAUGAAAAGAAUAUCCGAAAGGAAUUUACAAAAACUUUUGGUAACUCGUGUUAGAAAAUGCCACCUUUCUUAUUUUCUUAUUGGUUCUGGCUGGUAAUAUGUAAAUAGUAGGUUAGAAAGAAUUUUCGACAUUAACGUUGUUUUAGCACAUACUCGAGCCACGUUUUGAAGAGAAAAACACGUGGAAGAUUGCGAGGCAUUUGUUCAAAUGUCUUUGCCUCUACAAACAAGACUCGUAUUCUUUUGUAUAGUUAUUUGCCUGUUCGAACAUCAAAGAUCUAUUUUAGUAACAUAGCAUUUAUUAUAAGAUUACAAUAUUAACUCGUAAGUUUCAUAAAAAUGUUGUAUGACUGAUAAUUUGAAGAUACGCGAUAAAAGUUCAAAUCAAUUGAGAUUCGUUUACCAAAAGACUCUGGAAGAUUUUGUUUUCCAACAUUUGAUAAAGUUAGGAGUUUCGUCGUUAGAAAAAUUGAUGUCUAACGAGACUCUUAAAGAAAUUGUAAAUUUUCAAACAGAGUCGUAAUUCAUACAACUAUAGUAUACCGUCCACGAAAAAGUCUGCUUUAUAGUAAUUAUUAAUAACUCUUUUAAUGCCCGAACACGUACAGCAACGAUUUUUACCUAAUCAUUCCAUAGUAUUAGGUCCGUAAUAUCGACGAUGGAUGAAAUUUUUAUUCGAAAGUAACAUAUCUAUGCACAUGUUAAAUUAUUCGUAAUCUUAAUCUUUGUAAAAAGCUGAUUCUCGCUUGUGCGAUCCGUCCAGAAUAUACUUAAAAUAUAUUAUCGA